CGUGACGUCAUGGCGGUUUGUGCUUUGACCCGCUGGAUCCGUUGUCGCGAAGAGGCGGCGCGCCGGAAAGCUACAGCAUAGCAAGGAACGAGUAGUAAUCAAAACAACUUCAGGGCCGUCAUCUGCGUUCACCCUUUAGAUUUCAACACAGGGCAUCAGCGGGAGUCUAUACAGUGAUUUGGAGGGACGAAGGACUUGCAAAUACUGGUUUAUGCAAGCGAAGUAAGCGUUUUGACUCCGUAAAACUUGGCUAACGUUAGCUAGCGCCAGGCCCUACUAGUGCUAGCUGUGGGGCUUACUUUUCGCUAGCAAAAGAAAAACAAGGAAUGAGUGAUGACCUCUGUGGUAGUGUCAGAUGGUGGAGGGAACAUAGUGGAGUAUGUCACUGUGGUAGAGGAGUCCCAGCAGUGUGAGCAGCAGCCUGCUGAGGAAGAGGAGGAGGAGGAAGAAGUAGUCCAGCAGGAAAUUGAGGCAGUGAUCAUGGAGGGUGGAGAGGAGGUGGAGGAAGAUGUGGAAGAGGAGGAGGGUGUGGUGCUGCAAGAGGAGGGAUGUCCAGCAGUGAUCGUGGAAGAGGUGCCCAGUGCCCAGGUGGAGGAGUGCUACUCGGCACAGGUCCUGGUCUACGAUGACGAGACGUACCUGAUGCAGGACGUGGCCGAGGAGCAGGAGGUGGUCACAGAGGUGGCCGAGACCGUGGAAAUGUCGGGUCACGACAUGGUGUGUUUUGACAAAACAUUUGAAGCAGCUGAGGCUCUCCUCCAUAUGGAGUCCCCUGGAGGACUGCACAGUGAACGCAACACAGCAGAGGAUGUGAUGAUGGAGACGGUGGUGGAGGUGUCUACAGAGUGUGGACCCAUAGAAGAGGAGUCCUUCCCCAUCCCUCCUGAGUGUGAACCUGCUGCCAAGAAGAAGAGAGGAGGUGGACGCAAGCCCAAGACACACCAGCCUGCUUCCAAUGGCUCCUUUGACUUGGGGAUCAAGAAGAGACCGAGGGAGGGCAAAGGCAACACCACCUACCUGUGGGAGUUUCUGCUGGAACUGCUGCAGGACAAAAACACAUGUCCCAGGUACAUCAAGUGGAUGCAGAGGGAGAAGGGCAUCUUCAAACUGGUCGACUCCAAAGCCGUGUCCAAACUCUGGGGGAAACACAAGAACAAGCCCGACAUGAACUACGAGACCAUGGGCCGAGCCCUGAGGUAUUACUAUCAGCGUGGCAUCCUGGCGAAAGUCGAGGGUCAGCGACUGGCCUACCAGUUUAAAGACAUGCCCAAGAACAUCCGGGUUAUUGAUGACGAGGAGGAUGGAGAGGAGGUGGAGGACGGCGAAGGCGUGGUGACUGUCCAGCACCCGGUUCACCAGCAGGGCCCCAUCAGCCUGGGCACCAAUUCCCCACCUGCCACCCAACCUCAGCAGACAUACGUCACCGUCAUCCCCAGCAACACUGCUACCAGGCAAAUCCGAGCCAUGCCAGUGGUCAUGACUAACUCACUAGGUCAGGUGACGUUAAACUCCUCCUCCAUCCUUACCACGGGAGUCCCAGUAACGGUAGCCAACGCCUCUGCCAGCAACCCCCCCAAACUGGUCAUCCAGGCUUUGCCCACUGUGCUACCCGCUGGCUCCAAAGCAGGAGAGAAGAUCACCAUCAUCACCAUCCCGGCCAACCAGCUGGCCACACUCAUGCAGGCUAACCCAUCAGGCCAGAUCACACAGCUCAUCCAGGCUAAACCUGUUGCUACGCAGGUUGCACAGGCCGCCGCCAAGCCUGCCGCCAACGCGCCUACAGUCCAGCUGACGGCAGGCCGGCCGACACCGCAGCUCAUCCUGGCUAAACCGGCAGCAGUGGCCCAGCCGCUGCCGCAACUCUCUGUUCAGGUUGGCCAGCCUCACCCUGCCCUGCCCAAAACCCCCAUCCAGCCCCCAAAGCCCUCCAGCACUCAGCCCGAGGCAGCACAAUCAGAGGCAGCAUCUGAGGUUCUGCUCUCCUCCAGCCCGCCAGCCACAUCAGCAGAAACCCCAUCAUCCUGAGAACUCUGUCCUGAGCCGAGGCCACCAGGGGAGUACAGGAAGUGACUGUGGACACUGCUGAGGAAGUGCAGGGACCCCCCACUCUGUCCUGCCACAGAGAUCCUCUCUGAUUGGCUCAGGCUGUCGGCCUGACAUUGGUCUCCACGGAGAUGCUCUUACUCUGGAGCUGCUGAAGCCCCACAAAGGAUUAAAGGGACUGUUGUAGAAAGACAUGCAGACACACAGAGAUCCUUCAGAGCUCAGAACACACGGGCAGCCUUAGAUUGUACAUGAAAAAAACUCCUUUUUGUAAUGAAAUGUAAUAUAAAAAGCCUGACAAGACUUUGCUGUAAACAGAAAUGUAAAAAUCAUUUUUUGAUACUCAGCAGGUAUGCAUCAGUACAGACGUAGGUUGAAUUGAUCUGUUUGAUCGUCUGUUACGGUCCCUUGGUGUGUCACAUUCUCUCAACCCUCGUCUUUUUUUACUGUUCAUAAAAAGGGAGUGAAAGGAUGUCUGCAUCAACACAAGAGAAGCAAAUGGUGUGUUCAACGUCUGAAGUAUAAUAUACUAUUUUUUUUUCUUGUACUAUCAGUGUAUUGAAGUAGAUUUUACUGAACUAUGUAUUAUAAAAAAACAACAAAUGUGAAUUAAAA